AUGAGCUCUGCAGUGCAGAACCUUGAAGAGUUGAAGGGCAAUGUGCACCUUGAGGAGUUCUCUGAGAGUGGCGAGCAUGCGCUCACCUCAGAGCAAAAGGAGUUCAUCAGGAAGCAAAAGCGAGUCGUCAGAAAGCUUGACUUGUACAUCACGCCUGUCAUGCUUCUUCUCAUGCUGAUCAGCUACCUCGACCGUGGUAAUAUUGGUUUUGCCGCAACUCAGGGCAUGACAAAAGACAUCGGGCUCACCGGCAAUCAGCUGAAUACCGCCGUGUCCAUCUUCUAUCUCACAUAUAUCUUAUCAGAGUUCCCGAGCACCAUGUUUGUCAAGCGCCUUCAAUUCUAUCGAGUCAUCCCUGUCCUCGUCUUCUGCUGGGGGCUUAUUUGCAUGUGCACGGGCUUCAUUCAGAACUAUGCUGGCCUGAUUGUUAUGCGACUGCUUCUCGGCACUUUUGAAGGGUGCUUGUUCCCGUCGAUGACCAUGUUCUUGUUGAACUGGUAUAAGCGUGAAGAAGUUGGCACACGCGUUUGCUACUUAUACAUUGGUUCGGCCUUGUCUGGAGCUUUUGGCGGGCUGAUCGCAUUUGGCAUUCUAUACAUGGAUGGCACGGCCGGGUAUCCCGGAUGGCGCUGGCUCUACAUCAUCGAAGGACUCAUCACAAUCGUAUUCGCCUUUGCGUGCUACUUCUUGAUUCCUCGAUCCUACGCGACAGCCUAUUUCUUCAGCGACGAGGACAAGGCCGUGCAGAAGCAGCGACUGGAGCUCAUGGAAUCAUACAGCGGUGGCGACGGCAAAUAUACCAAGAAAGACGUCAAGAAUGCUGUGCUCGACAUCAAGACUUGGCUGCACGGCUUCAACCAGAUCCUCAUGUCGACCAUCAUUUACGGCUUUGGGACUUUCCUCCCCAUCAUCCUCAAGGACGGUUUCGAUUAUACCACCAAGCAAGCACAGUAUUAUGUUAUCCCAGUUCAAAUCGUCGGUGCGGUCUGCUACUUCGUCGCCGCCACAAUCUCCGAGAGAUACAAGGCCUACUUCUUGGCUAUGGUGGUUUCGGCCCCAGUCGGUAUAGCCGGCUAUGCAAUCCUGCUCACGAAGCAACACGCCGGUGUCUGGUACGGCGCAACGUACAUGAUCGCGGCGUGCUGCUACAUCAUCACCGGCACGAGCAUUGCCUGGCACGGCAUGAACAUCGCGCCAGACGGCAAGCGUGCUGCCGCCAUGGGUGUCCACCUGGGACUUGCCAACAUUGGUGGCAUCAUCGCCGGUCAGAUCUACAGGUCGACCUCAGCGCCCAGAUACCUCCUCGGUCACGGCUGGAGCUUGGCUUCCAUCGGGCUUGGCUUCAUCUUGUGGUGGAUCCUCUUCUUCAUCUACAGGCACAGAGAGGCCAAGAAGGCAAGAAUGGUGGCCGAGGGUGUCGUUGUCCCUGAAGGAGAAUGGACGGAUCGGUCUCCCGGAUUCAAGUACCAGCUCUGA